GCACCCUCCUCCUCUUCCUCUUGUAUCGCACAGCCAGCCUGCUCUCGUCCACUUUAUCUCUCUCUUUAUACCUCUCACUCUCACCCUCUCUGCUCUCUUUUCUUUAAUCUCUCUUUCACAUUCUUUCUAUCUCUUUCUGUCCUUCACUUCUCUCCAGCCGCCAGAAGCUCGCCGGCUCGCUGCUCCUCCUUGAACUACUGAGAAUUCAGAAGCACUCGGGACAAAGACCCUGUCACUGGAGCCAAGAUGGCAAUGAGCAGCAUCCUCAGCGCUGAUGACAUCAAGAAAGCUCUAGAUGCAUUUGCAGUUGCUGACUCCUUUAAUCAUAGGAAGUUUUUUGAGAUUGUGGGUCUGAGGGCCAAGUCUUCUGACGAAGUGAAAAAGGUCUUCUUGGUGCUGGACGCCGACAACAGCGGCUACAUAGAGGAAGAGGAGCUCAAGUUCGUCCUGAAGGGUUUCGCCUCAAAUGGCAGGGACCUGACAGACAAGGAAACCAAAGAAUUUUUAAGAGCAGCCGACAAGGAUGGCGACGGCAAGAUUGGAAUCGAUGAGUUUGCCGCCCUGGUGAAAGAGUAAACAGUCGCCCAGUGUGACCGACUAGCACUCCAAGAUCACCUUCCAACCACCGCUACAUCCCGACACCCACUCGCCCCUCCUCCCUCCCCUGCACCACCCCCUCCCUGACUCCCAGCCCACCAGACUGCAGCCAAUUCCUGCUCCACACUUCCUCAACCUCUCCCCCACUGCUGUCUUUGCUAAGUGCAAUGCUGCACUAUAGGAAGUAAACUGUGGUGUGUCUCCCCACCCAUCUCCUUAAAUGUCCCCACAGCUACAGUCAUCCUAUUUAUUUUAUCCUUUUUAUACAAACUGUUCUUGUUUCUGUUUCUGUAUAGAUAUUAAACAUGCCUGCAAGAAUAAACCUCACAUUUUAAAGCAUAAAGUAGAUAUUUAAAGAAAAUAGAGAUUAUAAGAGAAAGACCCUAAUGUCCUUCUGUAUUUCUGACUUCCUCUCACUUUCCCUCUUUCUUUCUCCCCUCUCCUGUUUUUCUCUUCUCUUUGUCGAUGUAACUCCUGCCACUGUUCCCUUCCUGCAUUCGCUCCCCUCUCUCCCUCCCUUCCACCCCGUCACCCCAUCUAUCUAUCUAUCCGUCCCUUUCUCCUCUGGUAAUGAGCUGUUGUAAAACAUACCAAAAGAAGAAAGCGGUCAAGCUGUGAAAGAAUGAAAUAAAAUGAGAAAAAAAACAAA